AUGAUUCGCGGCAUUGGAGUAGAUAUUAUCUGUACAAGUCGUAUUAUUAAGAUUUUUGAAAGAAGAAAAACGUUUGUAGAAAGGUUCUGCAAAAGAAUAUUAAGAAUAGAUGAGCAGGAUACGAGACCAGAUUUGAAUGACAAAAAUAAACUUAUUUUUUGGAUUUCUGUAAGAUGGGCUGCAAAGGAAGCAGCUUUUAAAGCAGUAAAUUUUGAACAAAAAUUAAGAUGGAAAGAUAUUCAGAUAUGCAAAUAUAAAAACAACCAGCCCUAUAUUCAGUUAUGGAGUCAGGGAAAACAAACAGAACAAAUGAAAUUGUCGAUUAGUCAUGAUGGAAAGUAUAUUAUUGCAUUUGUUGCAUGGUAA